CCAAGAUAUCAUGGAAGUUCGAACCUGAGACCACUUAUCAGCAAAUUAAACUCUUUUUCAUUGGACUAGAUGCACAAAUAUCCUUGUUUUUGGAUAAUUACAAGUACAAUUCUUUUUGGCCGGUGUAGAUAUCUUAUCAAAGUACCUGAUCAAACACAUAUGCAUAAGUUAAGAGCUCUUCUUCUUAUCUUAUGUGCCUUGAUUUUUUCUUGUACUUGGCCGCAUGCAUCACCCUUCAGUGCAUAGAUGAAACUCCACAAAGCAGACACUUACCUGUUUCUUGGCUAUAAAACACAAGCCCUUCAAUUCCGAACCACCUCUUGAACUUGUCCAUUUGAACACUAGAACUUCUCUUCAUAAUCAAGAAAAACCAUCCAACCAAUAUCCAUGGCCUAUGGACGAAGCCCAACCAGCUCUUUCAUAGAAGGGUUCUCUCUAAGUCCUCUGCCAUAUCCAGUUCUGCUAAUUCUUGCAGUAAUCUCAAUCUUUUUUGGCAUAUCCUGGUACUCAUCCCAUGACUCAGUUGUGGAAGAAGCUGAAACGCAAUUCAGUUGGCUGCUUUUGUUUACAGCAAUAGCACUUCUGCUUCUUGUUAAGUUGCUGUCUUUUCUGGAUCCUGAUUGGUUCUUCUCCUUGUUUCCAUGGGGAAGCCGCAGGAUAGCCUACCAUGAACCUUCAGAGGGAAGCUCACCAUGGGGUGUUGCUGCUUUCAUUGUGCUCCUGCUAGUUUUGCUGCAAUACCAGUCUAUUUUCCGGGACAGCUGGCUCAUAUAGUAUGUUCAGUAUUCUGUUUAAAAAUUUAAAAAAAUUAUGUAAAAAAAGUUGUGUGUUUAUGCAGUAGUUGUUGUAUGUAAUGGAAUAUGAUCUUCUACUCAUAUUGUGAAAAUAGAUUAUGGUCUGUUUAUGUUGAGUUGAAA